AUGGUGUUUCGCCUGCGCAUUUUUUUCUUGCAGUGCUCCGGGCCGUCGAUGAUACCGGCGUUCAAUCAGUCCGGCGACGUCAUUUUCGCGGAGAUGUUCUCUGCCAAGACUGGCCGCUUGGACAGGGGGGACGUCGUCAUCGCCAUACCCCCUCAAAACCCCAAGCUCAGGGUCUGCAAACGCAUCAUUGGCUUGCCUGGAGAGACAGUGAUAGUGCGGUCGAGGUCGUGGUUCGACGACCGGCCAGAGUUUGUGCCCGAGGGUCACGUGUGGCUAGAAGGAGACAACCCCUCCAACUCCUCCGACUCCCGGACCUACGGCCCGAUACCCCUGGCGAUGGUUCGAGGCAGGGUGUUUUUUAAGGCAUGGCCCCCGUCUGAAAUCGGGCGCGUGGCACGGCGUGUGCCGGAGGCGGCGUCCGCGGUGCUACCGAGAGAAACGGCAGCCGACAGCAGUAUUAGUGGUGGACUUGAAAGCGACGCACCAGUGCGGUUUGUGGCGACAGAGACAGUCGUGGACGAAAGAGGGAGAGGGGGGCAAGGAGAGACACGCCGGUAGCCGGCCGGAAAAUCCAGCCCCCGCUUAAUUAAACGCCUCUGAGACUUGUGUUGGUGCUUAGCAACAGCAGUGCGUGCCCCUCGACACUUUUAGUGCUUGUGCGGGUGGCCUUUGCGCAGGGCACAGUUUCGACUAAUUUGAUGCUGCAACACUCGGAACGUUUUUUCUUGAGGUGGAAGAGCAUGGGCAUGGGCUGUCAACAGCGUAAAUAGCUCGAAUGGCGUCA